AUGGUCCUUGAGAGCCCCAAGCUCUCCACCCGCUUCCUCAGUCUCGCACCUGUGUCCUCCCUCAGUCUCGCACCCGAGUCCUCCCUCAGUCUCGCACCCGAGUCCUCCCUCAGUCUCGCACCUGAGUCCUCCCUCAGUCUCGCACCUGAGUCCUCCCUCAGUCUCGCACCUGAGUCCUCCCUCAGUCUCGCACCUGAGUCCUCCCUCAGUCUCGCACCUAGGUCCUCCCUCAGUCUCGCACCUAGGUCCUCCCUCAGUCUCGCACCUGUGUCCUCCCUCAGUCUCGCACCUGAGUCCUCCCUCAGUCUCGCACCUAGGUCCUCCCUCAGUCUCGCACCUGAGUCCUCCCUCAGUCUCGCACCUAGGUCCUCCCUCAGUCUCGCACCUAGGUCCUCCCUCAGUCUCGCACCUGAGUCCUCCCUCAGUCUCGCACCUAGGUCCUCCCUCAGUCUCGCACCUGUGUCCUCCCUCAGUCUCGCACCUGAGUCCUCCCUCAGUCUCGCACCUGAGUCCUCCCUCAGUCUCGCACCUGAGUCCUUCCUCAGUCUCGCACCUGAGUCCUCCCUCAGUCUCGCACCUGAGUCCUCCCUCAGUCUCGCACCUGAGUCCUCCCUCAGUCUCGCACCUGAGUCCUUCCUCAGUCUCGCACCUGAGUCCUCCCUCAGUCUCGCACCUGAGUCUUCCCUCAGCUGCAUUUAA